GGCAAAAUUUCUCGUUUAUAAAGUCUAUUGACUCUAAAGAAGGAGUUGAUAAUGUGCUUUAUAAUAGUCCAAGUGAGAGAGUUACCAUUCUUUCCCUUUCUAUUGACUCUAAAGAAGGAGUUGAUAAUGUGCUUUAUAAUAGUCCAAGUGAGAGUGUUACCUUGUAG